ACAUUGAAACUUUGCCUCGCAAUUGGAUCUGAUUUUGUAUCGGAACUAUCAUACAAAUCAUCCAUUUACACAAUCUGUUUCUCGACGAUCAAAAUCUCCUCUUUAGUAUCGUCUAUUAGCCACUCUCAUCAUUGCGACUUCAUUCUCGUACAUUCCAUCGGAACGAUCUCGUCUACCUCUGGGGCUUUUACUAUACGGACUAUUCAUUUCAUCAGUGUCACCUACUAGAUACUGUCGAACUAUCCACAAAUUUCGAAUUUCCAAUUGGGACUAUUCAUCCCGUCCCUGCAAUUAUACCAAACGAGAUGACCACACACCUCAUCGCCACCGAGCCGGCUUUCCUUGAUAGACCGACCCAGUCAGAAACUGCAAUCACGAUAAACAGGCUCGCAGUCUGUGAAGGCCCCUCAACCCACCCAACCGAGGAAGAGAUGAAGUGCAGAAGGCCCGAAAGCCUUCCUGGCUGCUCAAUUCACCAAAGUGAAGAAGAGAUGAGGCUCAGCCUUUCAGACGCCGCCGAAGAAGUAAGGGGAUUCACUGCCAGAAAAGUCAGAAACAAGUCAAACAGCUUCAUGUUGAAGGGAGAGAAUCAUACUUUGAAACUGGCGGAGAGAAAGGAGUGGAUCAAGGGUAAAAGGUUGGCGGCGUACAAAAGCUAUCAAAAGAAACUUAGAGUGCACCUUUACAGAAGGAAAACAUUGAUGAACAUGUUGGGGCCGCUGGGGAUGAUAAUGGAUCAGGAGGAGAGAAACAAAUACUUCAAGACGGAGGUCGAGGAAUUGAGAGCUUUGAGGAAAGCAUCAGGCGAGCAGUUUCUCAAUGAACGGCACGCAGUACAGGAUAAUGCGCAAGAACUGAAGGAGGAAACGCGUGAGAGGUUACUAAACUUGGUGGAUGGUGAAGGAGAAAUAGCAACUGGUUUGAAGAAAAGGUUGGAUGAGAUAGACGAGUGGGAAACUCGGGAGGGUCAGGAAUAUAAAGCAGAGUUGAUGAAGUUACAUAAGGAGUGGGAGGCGUCAAAGAAAGCCAUAAGAAUCAAGGGAGAAUUGCUUGAUGCGUUGAGCCGGUAUUCCAAAGGAGACCUGAUUAACAAUUUGUCUUCAAACUAAAGAUCUUGUUCCUUCAUGUUGAGUAAUUAGUGUCGGAGCAGUAGCAUCAGAGCUACAAGCGUACGGGUAGUUAGCAGCCUCUUCUGAGCGCUAUUUUUUAACCAAAAAUACAAAUUUUUAUCAGCGUAUUUGGUUUGUACUCAUAACAUAACGUAAGUACAAUGUGAAUGCUUUUGUACGGAAAAUGAUGGGUGUAUUGCGGAGCCUAAUAAACCAUAACUUUGAUAAGACAUUUCUCGCUUUUCCUCACGAUGAAGAAAAUAUUUUCCCCAGAAGUUGUUCUUCGCGGGCACGAAUGUCGAGGGAAACCAGGUAAUUGCCAAAAGUGAAGGACUUGCGAAGAUUAUCGAUUUUACAAAUUUCCUGUAAGAUGAUCGAACUACCUUGAAUAUAGCGCAGAUAUAUACACUUAUAC